AUGACCAGUUUAGAUGAAAGAGGCCAUUAUAUUUGGGCAAGAGUGAAUAUAGCUAUAGGUCUGUCUUCUUUACCUGUAUUAAGAAACUUGAGCUUCAAACCGGACAAAACAUUUACUAUAACUAUCCUUGAUAUAUUGAAAGAACUGGACAAAACAAUUACUACAACUAUUCUCAGUACAUUGGAAGAACCAGACAAAACAAUUACUACAACUAUUCUUGGUAUAUUGGAAGAACCAGACAAAACAAUUACUACAACUAUUCUCAGUAUGUUGAAAGAACCAGACAAAACAAUUACUACAACUAUCUUCAAUACGUUGAAAGAACUGGACAAAACAAUUACUACAACUAUCCUCA